AUGUUCGCGAUAUUGCUUUGCCCUAUUGCUCUCGGCCUGGUGCCGGAUGCCCUGUCAAUCAAUGCCUCGGACCUGGUCGCCCUGCGAAAUUCUCCGACUGGAGGGGGGGCUCGGGUCGCCGAAGUUUACCCUGGAAACCACCCCCGCUCUUCCGCCAACGCUUCCGCCAACGCUUCCGCCAACGGCUACGGCAACGGUUCGGUUAAUGCUCGCUCGACUAACAGUAUAGCCGCCGUCUAUCCGGCAAUCUUGGGGAGCGCACCGCGAGAUGAAGUUGCUGGUGUGUUACCACCGGGAUCGGACCUGCUGAAUUCAUGGCUCACGGACCGGCUGUCGCAAAAUUGGAGAAAGGACCUUGCCGACUACGUGGUUCAGAGAACGUUCUUGCCGUCAACGGCUGUGCUUUCGGCAUCUACUCUGGCCGCAUCCUCAGCUAUGACUCCAGCACCUUUGGGCUCCGCUUCGUUGGAAGCUGGGGACGCCGCAAGGGCGUUGAACACUGCAGGGGACCCUGCAAGGGCGUUGGACACUGCACGAGAGUACCAAAGGAUAGUGAACGACUUUCAGCUGGAUACCCAGAAAGAGAAUGAGCAGGAGAAUGGCCAAGAGGAUAGGGAGCAGAGCGACGAUUGGUGGGACACCACUGGUUCGGGAGAGAAGUCUCAGUCGCUACAGUCUUUUGUAUCUUUGGAUGAAGAGGAGGCUGAGAGUCAAGAGACCUUGGAGCUGCCGCUGGACGCCUCUGCGUAUUUUGGAGAGGGCUCUGGUCUGGUUGCAGGGGAGGCAAGUGAUACGUUUGUGCAAGAGCUGCUGAAGCUGAUGGCCUCGAACACAAGCAUCAACUUUUCCCCAGGUACACUGGGUAGCAGCUUUCUCAACACACUGUCCAACACGAUUCCGCAAUUCGCUCUACAAGCGGCAAACCGGAAUAGAGAAAACAGAAAUGAAAAAAAUAGAGACAACAGAAACCUGCGCAAACCCAACAGGAAAGCUACCGACAACUUUCUUCAAGAUAACUGGGCCAUGGACGCCCACAAUGUCUUCCCUUCCAGAUACCAAGACACCCUGCCAGAUAGUGACAACCCUCUUUUGAUUGUUCGUGUCAAUCCCGCACGCAGUCAGAGCUACACGCUCUCCGUAUACAGAGACGGAUCUGUGGUACACAGCUAG